AUGCCUGUGACGCAGCUUUGCUGGCCUGGGCCAAUGCAUGCUUGCAAAGUCACAGCGACGAGCCGGCUCCCACCCUGGAGGCAAUCGUCGAGACGGACUCUGUUUCUAUGCUCUUCAGGAUCUUCGGACUCGGUGAUCCAGACCAAGGUGCGCGUCAACGGAACCCCUCGCAGCGCCGGCGGCGGGCUGCGGAGAUGCUGA